GUUGUGAAUGGGCGUGGCCGAGUUUCCGUGAUUACGACGAGCUUUUGCCAUUGACACCAGUGAGACAAUCCGAGCAACAUUUAUUUCGUGUUUGAUGAAACAUCAGCAAUCGAUCUAAUUCAGGAUGUUUCACACCUGUGGUCCCAAUGAGGCGAUGGUGGUCUCAGGAUGUGGCCGCUCUCCUCCUCUAUUGAUUGCUGGUGGAAGAGUGUUUGUUUUUCCCUGCAUUCAGCAAAUCCAGCGGAUAUCUCUCAGUACUCUGACUCUGAAUGUGAAGAGUGACAAGGUCUACACCAGACAUGGAGUACCAAUCUCAGUAACAGGCAUUGCCCAGGUGAAGAUCCAGGGUCAGAAUAAAGAAAUGCUGGCCGCAGCCUGUCAGAUGUUCAUGGGGAAGUCAGAGGGUGAGAUUGCUCAGAUUGCCCUAGAGACCCUUGAGGGACAUCAGAGAGCCAUUAUCGCCCACCUGACUGUGGAGGAGAUCUAUCAGGACCGUAAAAAGUUCUCCGAGCAGGUCUUUAAGGUGGCUUCCUCUGACCUGGUCAACAUGGGCAUCGGUGUGGUCAGCUACACGCUCAAAGAUGUGCAUGAUGAUCAGAAUUAUCUAAGCUCGCUGGGUAAAGCUCGUACUGCUCAGGUGCAAAGAGAUGCUCGUAUCGGUGAAGCUCAGUUCAAGAGGGAUGCCGUCAUCAAGGAGGCUCAUGCCAUGCAGGAGAAGAUCUCUGCUCAGUAUAAGAAUGAGAUUGAGAUGGCUAAAGCCCAGAGAGACUUUGAGCUGAAGAAAGCCGCCUAUGACGUUGAGGUCAACACCAAGAAGGCAGAGUCUGAAAUGGCCUAUCAGCUUCAGGUGGCCAAGACGAAGCAGCGUAUCGAGGAGGAGAAGAUGCAGGUUCAGGUUGUGGAGCGUACGCAGCAGAUCACUCUACAGGAGCAGGAGAUCACCCGCAGGGAAAAGGAACUGGAAGCCAAAGUCCAGAAACCAGCCGAGGCCGAGAGAUACCGCAUUGAGAGGAUCGCUGAGGCAGAAAAGCUUCAGCUGAUAAUGGAGGCAGAAGCUGAGGCAGAGGCCAUCAGAAUGAAGGGAGAAGCUGAGGCCUUUGCAAUGGAGGCAAAGGGUCGGGCUGAAGCCGAGCAGAUGACCAAAAAAGCAGAAGCUUUUAAGGAGUACAAAGAGGGAGCCAUGGUGGACAUGCUGCUGGAGAAACUCCCACUGAUGGCAGAAGAGAUCAGCAAGCCACUCUGUGCAGCCCAGAAGGUCACCAUGGUGUCCAGCGGUGGGUCAGAAGUGGGCGCAGCUAAGCUGACAGGAGAAGUUCUGGAAAUCAUGACUCGCCUGCCGAGUGCAGUGGAGAAACUGACUGGAGUCAACAUCUCACAGGCUGUUUCAUCCCGCAUGGGCUAAUAGAGUUCAUGAAGAAGGAAUGUGGUCUGAUCAGCUCUGAUCGUGGAUCUCAGCUCUUCCUGUCUUUGUGCAUGCCUGUGUUUGAAAUGAACCUGGAACAUUGAGGUCCUUUUUGUUUUUGUAAUCCACCAUUUGUAAUAUUCAGUUUUUAUAUUAUGUUUUGUGAAUUAUUGUAUAACAUUAUAUGAUAAUUUUGUAAUUUAGGUGAACUACUUUAUCUGCUCUAGAGCCUCUGUUGAAGGUGAAUAUUCAGGGAAGCAGGGCUGGUCUCUAGUUUCUGUAUUUCUGUCUGUCAGAGCCACACGCCUGUUGAUUCUGGUACAGUUUCUUUCAAAACAAAGUGCAUUCAAGUCAAAUGCAUGUAUAUUCACCUGAAGUGCAUUACUGAAGCAAUAGUCCACGUGCAUGAUGCCUUAUGUCUGCAGACACUGAAAUGUGACGUUUUAUUCUUGCCAUUUUAAGGUUUUAUCAUUUAAUGGUCCGUGAAGACUUUUUCCUGUAAACAGUGGCACUAGAGUUUGCAGACACAUAUUGAAAAUGAUUUGGAAUGUAAUACAUGUUUUGUUAUUGUCUGUGUGCUCAGUAGAGUGAUUUAUACAGCAAGUUGAAAAGUAAGAGGAGGUGGAAAGUGGGUAAAGAAAAGAAACCCUUUGAUUUUUGAAGUUGAUGAACAAACAGGAAAAAAGAAGAGAAGGAAACUGGUUGGGUAUUGAACAAAGGCUGCAAACAUGUCUCUGUGGCCACAGAAACUCCAGCGAAGGCUGUUGGUGGUUUCAUUUCUCAUAUCAACUUAUUCUUUUUGUUUUACCAUGCUGCUGUGUACGUCACACUAAAAUCGACUCAACAUUACCUAAGGUAAACCUAUGCAUCUCCAGUUUAUGCCUUCAACGUGCCUCAAAGCUAUUUUUUACUUUCUCACUGAAUCAACCUGCCCUGAUUGUUUCAGCAACAGGAACUGUGAUCUGUCAUGUGAUACUUCCUGGCCUUAAUGACUAAUUUCGUUCAGAAUAUUCAAUUUGUUUGCCAUUAGUUUGUUUUUAUUGGUGUAAAGCUUCAUUAUUGUUUUUAAAGGAACAAACGGACCCAAUUUGUGCCUUACUGUAUGUUACUGUAUGUGAGCGGUGAUGUAAACUGAAGAUCUAUAUGACCAGGCUGAGAUUUAUACAUAUGUUCUGUUUAUUAUAAACUAUUAGUGUGCGCUGUACUUUA